GGAAGCAUUUAAGUGUGGGACUGCGAGAAGCGCUUGUAAACAGAGAGCCGGGCCGGGAUGGUAGGUGGCCAAAAACCGGCUGUCACCGUGAGGCGGGCUUGCUGCCGAAGCCGAGCCCCAGCCAGGCGUAGACUGCAGGCCCCUCAGGUGAAGGGAGAGAAGCAGCCGGCGGCCAGGAAAUUAAAGAUGGUUGCGGCACUGCUGUGACCAGCACUUCCUGUGUCUCUACAGAGAUCUCACUGAAGAAUAAUCUCAGAGGAAUGUUUGUCUCCCAGCAUCUUUCUUGAUGACUAUUAUCAUCUAGCAAAUGCUUUUAGUGACUUGGAAAACAUCAACCACACUUGUGCUUGGCCUGCUCUGAGCAGCCGAAUGAAAGUUCCUUCCAGUUGUUUCUAGAACCACGUCACCCAAAGCACCUCUCUUCACUGGGUGAAGGUUCAUGCAGCCCUUUCCUGAACCAGCUUAGGGGGCUUAGUCCUCUCGGAGCCUGUGACAUGGAAGCUUUGGAAGUGGACGAUAUCAGCCCCGCCUUGGAAGUUACUGAGGAUUUCUUUAGCACUUUUGAUAGUAAACUGGAAAAGGCCGUGCAGCAAGCGGAGGUUUAUGGGAUUCAGGAAGUCCCUGAACUGGUGGGGCACGAGGUACUCAGUAACAUAGACAAUGGUGCUAUCAGAAACGUCGCCUCCUUGGGCAAGGGGGGUAUGAUUUGGGACCACUGUAAGACCAGGCUCUUAGAAACCAAAGCUCAAAAUGUCUUCCCUGCCAAAGAACAGUUUAUGGUCCAGAAGGGGACAGCCCCAGAUAAUCUUUCCUGGAUGGAACAAAAGGAAGCUUCCACCUUUAAUUUUUUCAACAUCUGUCAGCGUCGGAGGGACAGACCUCGUUCUGUGAAUGACUUACUGGAUGAGAACACCACUUUUAAGCCCGGGCACACUCGAUCAAGGUCAGAUAUUAGCCAGGUGGACUGGAGGGCAGUCCUCAGAACCUCACCUUUGCAGCAGCAGCAACAACCGUCUCUUCAGGGCCCUCACUUCACCAGGCUGUCUUUUCUGUUGCCUUCGUCAAACAAGGUAGAAGAUGCUCAAGGAAAUACUGAACACAAGCAGGCAUUCCCAAACAUUCUGAAGAAGGGUUACCUGGAGAUCAGGAAGGACCAUGACAGUUACUGGCAAAGCUGUUAUGCGGAGCUCUCUCCCUAUGACUUGUGCUUCUACAGCCUCGACAGCAGUGGGAAUCAGAGCCUCUAUGCCACGUACCAGCUGUCACACUUCCAGAGCAUAUCUGUUCUGGGCAACCUUGAGGCUAGGCUGGUGGACACUGUUCUGUAUGACAACACUCAGCUGCAGCUAAAGGCAGAGUCACCGUGGGAGGCUUUGGACUGGGGGCAGAAGCUUUGGGAAGUCGUGCAUGCGGCCGCGCCUGCUUACCUGGGACGGCAGGAGGAGCUGGCGAACUCACCAGGGCUUGGUCAUCAUGUUGACUGUCCACAGAAUCGUUGUUUACAGAAGAAAUCCAGUGAGCUGCUCGUGCCGUCCCCUGUCUUAGAUAGCCCCAAGCAGUACCAAAACAUCCUCAGAUCAGGGACGCUCUACAGGCUGACUGUCCAAAACAACUGGAAGGCAUUUACGUUUGUGCUGAGCAGGGCCUACCUGAUGGCUUUUCAGCCCGGCAAGCUAGAUGAGGAUCCCCUGCUAAGCUACAAUGUGGAUGUGUGUCUGGCUGUCCAGAUGGACAACCUGGACGACUGUGACUCUUGCUUUCAAGUCAUUUUCCCCCAAGAUGUCCUCCGCCUCCGUGCUGAGACCCGGCAGAGGGCUCAGGAGUGGAUGGAGGCUCUGAAAACAGCUGCCAAUGUGGCCAGGAGUUCAGAACAAAACCUGCAAGUCACACUGAGGAAUAAACCCAAGGAUCAGAUGGGUGGGCUGGAACUCAGGAAGAACAAACGACAGUCUGUGACCACCAGCUUCCUCAGCAUCCUGACGACACUGUCUUUGGAACGAGGACUCACUGCUCAGAGUUUCAAAUGUGCAGGAUGCCAGCGAUCCAUCGGUCUUUCCAACGGGAAAGCCAAGGUGUGCAACUACAGUGGGUGGUAUUACUGCAGCAGCUGCCACGUGGAUGACAGCUUUCUCAUCCCGGCGCGCAUAGUCCACAACUGGGAUACUUCAAAAUACAAGGUGUCCAAGCAGGCCAAGGAGUUUCUGGAGUAUGUGUACGAGGAGCCCCUGAUCGACAUCCAGCAGGAAAACCCCAUGCUGUACGGACACGCCGAGCCGCUGGCCACUGUGGUGCGGCUGCGGCAGCGGCUGAAAUCGCUGCGAGCCUAUUUGUUCAGCUGCCGGGCAGCCGUGGCCGAGGAUCUGCGCCGCAGAAUCUUCCCUAGAGAAUACCUCCUCCAGCAGAUCCAUCUGUAUUCCCUUGCCGAUCUGCAGCAGGUGAUAGAGGGAAAGCUGGCUCCAUUCUUGGGCAAGGUCAUUAAAUUUGCCACCUCACAUGUGUACAGCUGCAGUCUUUGUAGCCAGAAGGGAUUCAUCUGUGAAAUCUGUAACAAUGGAGAGAUCCUCUACCCUUUUGAAGACAUUUCAACAAGCAGGUGUGAAAGCUGUGGAGCCGUUUUCCACUCUGAAUGCAAAGAAAAGUCUGUCCCCUGCCCGAGGUGCGUACGCCGAGAGCUGCAGAAGAAGCAGAAGUCUUUCUGGCGGAGGCUGAACAUGGACGAGAGCCUGGAGGAGGCGUGCAGCAUGUUUGAGCUGUCCUACCAGAACACCUGACUCCGCAGGAGCCCGGGGCAGGGGAGUGACCUCUCAACCACCCAUCAGCCAUGGCGGCUUCCUAACUAGCCAGUUAGACUCCUCCAGGAGAAGAGUCCGUCUCUUCUUCAGCUAGAUAUAGAUAUAUAUUUAUAUAUACACACACCCACUCAUACCUAUACAUCCUGUACGUAUGUUCUGUAUCAGUCGUUGUCUAAAAGGUCCAUAGAGCUUUGUGGCUCAAAAAAUUACCAAUAGCCGUGGAUUUCAGCUGCUUGCUCCCAAGCAAAACGUGGUUUACACACAAGGCUUUAUAGUUCAGGGUUUUUUGUUUUGUUUUGUUUGUUUGUUUGUUUGUUUUGGCUCUCAGGGGCCAUUGAUUACAUAGGACACAGGAAAAAGCAUUUCCUACAGAACAGCGCUUCGUGUUAUUUUUGUGUUAUUUAUUUUUAGCCUUCACAGAGGAUGAAGUCACUGAGGCGAGCACCCAUCAUCAUCUAUUUCAUAUGAAAAUCUUCAAAACACAGCAGUGACUCCUGGGUCCUUCCAGCAGGACCCCGUGUUCCUGGCUUUCACCUUGGUGUCUUGGCAGAGGCAGGGAUCACCUAAGCUGAGUUGAAUGGCUUGGAAAUCAGGAGUGUGAGCUCCCUCUGACAGAAAGCAAGCAUCCCUAAUUUAUCAGAGGAGCUAGUUCUGGUUUUGAAGUUAAAUCUCAGAAGGGAUUUUUCUUGAGAAGAGACCUCAGUGACCAAUAACUGUGUUGUCAGUCUGUUUGCUGGUACGAAUCCCAACGCCCACCCAAUGUGAGGCUCCAUUGUAUUUGCCGGGUUGGAGACGGGGCUCUCUUAAGAGCAGGCUUCCAAGAGUUUCAUGGAUGACAGUUAUGACUUUUUAAUGGUACUGGCCUGAGGAAAUUGCCUAGGAUUGUUGUUAAAUACAUCGGUUUGUAGACCAGGGAAGGAUGUGGAGUGCGUCCAUUCCGAGACACAGUCUGCAGUUUCCUUACAUAGAAUCCUGUGCAGGCAGUUCCUACCUAUUCAUUUUAAAUGCUUCAUUUUUCACUGUACUUCAUGGCACUUUCAUUUUGACCUUUAAUUUGUCGGUGUAACCAUGUCUGCUUUCAAUUUUUUUUUAAUUGUUUAAAAAAAAAUCAGAGUAACUUGGAACUUCAAAACACCAACUUUAGACUAUUAAGAAAAUAGCAAACUUGUGAGUAUAAUUAAUGAAUUAAAUCUUAUAUUAUUUAAAUGAAUAUAUAUACACAUAUGUAACUGUCACCGUAAAGUGAAAUGAGAAGUUUUAAAAUAUCACAGCAUAAGAAAUACAAGUUGCUUAUGCAUUUGGCAGGGUGGCGCGCUCCCUCUGCGGUGCCCCUUUUAAGAGCUAGCGUAGCAGUCACCGUGCCUGAUGUGGCAGGAAGGAUGGCACUGGAAGUCAUGGCUCCCAGUCCAACCUUACAGAACAGAAAAAUUAGCUUAUACUGAAACAACUCCCAGGAGACAGUAUGAGAAGAUUCUGUUCGUUUCCUUUGAGCAUAUGCCUUCAAUGCCUUCACGGCUUAGUAGUUUCACUGCUAGUAGGACCCGAGAGUCAGCGGCUCAGAGUCCAGGGUACGUUUAACCCCGUCGCUCCUCUCCCGCAUGCCUGGCUCCCUUCGGAGCCCAAUUCGCGAUGCUUCUGGCAGUUUAGAGACGUGACAAUUCAGACUCACUUUUGUGCAGACGGUUAGGUGUGAGCCUUUCACCUCUCAAGCCGUGCCAGUCCCUCUGGCCCCAGACCACACAUUUCAACUGAAUAGCUCAGCACCACACACGUGUUUAUUUUCUGAUUACACAGUAGCUGUAACCAAGGCAUGAAAACUCAUUAAAAAGGGCUGGGGCCCCAUUCAUGAGACGCUUUACGGUGCCUUUUACUCUUAGAAAAGUAAGUUGACUCCCCACCUCCCCCUCUACUUUAUAGAGACUGUUGCACACAAAAGGAAAAGGGUGGAAAAUCUCAAACAAGCACUUGGCAAACAGGCAAACGAAUUUGAUCAUCUCCCCUUUCCUCCUCCCCUUCAUGAAAUACAGUAUUUAUAUUUUCCAGCCUCAGAGAAGAUAGCAGAACAUGAUCUUUCACAAGAGAAUUAUAGACCUGCUUAUUAUAAAACAGAUGUGCUCCAAUGGCAAAGUGCCUUUUCCCUCCGCCCCUAGCUCCCUGUCACUGUAGCUUGCUUCUGCCUUCGCCGUAAUUAACGUAUCUGUGAUCCCGACUUGGAGACCUCAAAUGCAGGGCCGUCUCCCCACCUUCUAGCAUGUUCGCCGUGUAUACAGAAUUUCCUGUCCCAUCUCACAGGCCCCCAGGGUCAGACUGGCUGAGAAGCGGGGUGAACUUCUGCAUCUCUGGUCUCUAUGCUUUCACCAGGUCCAUGCAGAGACCCAGCUGAAUAUUGGCAGUCCUGUCCAGUGAACUGGUAAGGAGAACUUUCCACCCACAUCAUUUUCUGCUUAUUUUCAAAAGGGAAAAAAUAAAUAUGCUAUCACCAUCAGCCACCCAGAACUGGACGCGUAACCCAGCUGCUUCUGUUUUCUCUCCGUUCUGUAGAUCCCUGACAGCUGGGUCGGUGCUGGCCGCAGGCCUCCAUGACCCGCUCAGCCACCACACCAAAAUCUGAUAGGACAGAGCAGAGCCGGCUUGGAGCUGGGUCUGCCAUGAAAAUUCAAAAUUGCUGCUUGCAGCCCAAACGCCUUAGCGCAUAUAAACGCCCUGUUUUGAACCCUCCCAAAUCACUCGAUACACUGUAAGUAAUUGUUCCACUGCUUAGAAACUGUUGAAACAAAAGCAAAUCUGUGGAUUACCACCUCCUUAAGACCAAACCCAUACCUGCUUUCCCUCGUGGUCUUUUUUUGAUCCCAUGUUAAAUAUCUUGCACAUAAAGCACAGGAGAAAAUGGCCAGGGAAUCCCCUAGAGCUGGCAGCCGCUCAGGGGAACCUCUUUUCUCUCGAAAGGCCCACUCCCUGGUGCAUCCCUGGAGGAAAUCUCCGUGCAGUGCCAGAUACCCAUGUGUGAGACAGUCCAACCCUGGUGAAAUGUUGGCAUCUCAUCCUGCAGAAAAGAAGCCAGUUCUGAAAGUAGACCUGAGUUUGCACCGCGGCAGGAAGGCCGCAACGCACUUAAAAAGCAGUCAACUGGGAUGUGUUCUUUCCAGGGCGGCUCUUUCCCGAGUUUGAAAGCCCUUUGUAUGAAAACCUUGUAAACCCUCGUCUUCCGCCUUUGCUACACUGCCUUUUCGGGGGACUCUGUUACAGUCGUCUUCAUCUCUGUAGUGCUAAAGGGUAAUCUCUUUAGGAGCUUUAAUAUCUGAUUAGCUGAGAAGGUAAUCGCUUUUUGGUUCUUCUAGACUAGGCCUCCCCCUGAAAAGGGUCUAUCUCUAGAAUUUGGGAUUUGUGAUUUCCAACCAGCUCAGUGGCGGCCUUCAGACUCCCGCCUAGGGACCAUGCCGCAAUUCCCUUCCAGGCUGUUGACAUCACUCUAGCUGCUGUAGGCAGCCUUCGCUAAGCUGGAGUGAGUCCCCUUGCAUGGGGUCUGGCCUCUGUUUUUGUCUCUGCAUCUGUACACACUGAACGUUGACACUGGAUGGUUUCUUCCCAUGCCUUCUCGAAAAGGCUUGGCUUCCAAACCUGUGGAUUUGUUCUCUACCCAUUGGCCAGAAAAGGCCACAUGUAAAUUACUGUAUCAGAGUAGGACUUUCAUGAUGCCACACUGAACACUUUCUGCAAAAAGAGGAAUUAUCUGAGGAAGCUGAGAUACACUCUGCUCCUCAUUUAGGGGUUAAGGCAAUGCUGCUAUUCCCGUGUUUGGGCAGAAUUACUCACCUCCACUGAUCAGCCGCACUUUAUUGAAAUAACUGGACAAUGAAGUCAGUCUUCAACUCCUGAUUCUAAUACUGUCUGGAGUCAACACAAAGGCGAUUUUACUUUAUUUUUUUACUUCUCCCAGCAAAGAGAGAUGCAUGCAGUUUUCCCUCUUUAUUUCUUGAGUUUUCUGUCUCACUACUUUUCUUCUUCCAAGAUAAUGUGAAAACGUAAAGAAGUGGGGGUGAAACUGACAGAAGCGAACAUGCCCUUGUUGGCAUGAAUGGAGUCGUUGGAAACGCUCUGUUUUCCUUUCCCUGGUCCUUGUUACCAAUCGGGCAUUAACAACACAGGGGUGUGUGUGUGUCUGUGUGUCUGUGUGUGUGUGUUUACGCUGCACCUCUCCUGACCCUGAGUCUCGUAAAAACUAACUGCUCUACUUAACUACUUGAACCGAGUGAUAGGUGAAUAGGCCUGCUCAGUUCAUCUAAGCAGACAAACGUAAUUUCUAUUAUGUGGGACAGUGUUUCAACAAUUAAAUCCCAGCAGCCCAGGUCAUCGUUAAACUCUAGGUAAAAGUCAAAAGACAAGUGUGGAGCACCUUCCAAGACACCCACAGUUGCCAGGGGGCUUACUUUAAAUGGGUUCCAAAUGAUUAUGUGAUGGAACACUUUCCUCCUACGGUGGCCUCCAGUGUGAUGGAAGGCCCUGUUAACCUCAAGUGAAGAGACAGCUGCUGUUUCGCUUUGGUUCCCCCCUAUGGAAGGAGAAGCCAUCUUGUUAGAAAGGUCUGGAGUGAAGCUAGUUGUUACCCAGGUAGAAGAUUCUGGCGCCUGUAGCACCUCCUAGCACAGUGACGAUUCCCUCCUAGGCCUUAGAGCUGCAGACCAGCCUCUCUCCCCUUCCCUUGAUCUUCCUUGCCCCGGUCCUAAGCCCUAAACUCUGAUUCAGGCCUCAUAAACUGGCUGGUGGACCACUAGGGCCUGUGGCUCCUUCUCUUGUUGGCCGUCGCAUUGUUUCUUUUCCCCGUAGGAGUGCCUUACAGUACUGCCUAGUGCUUCUAGUCUAGACUCUGUGACCCACUCGAAGCCCACAGGACCCUUCACCUCAUUGUGGAUCAUUUGGCUUCUUCCCUGUUGGCUGCUGCUCUUUACACAGGCCCGCUUGGAGCCUGCAUAUUCCAUACACGUCAGACCUUUCACCUUCAUUUAACCUGGUGCCUUAACCCCGUGAGUGCAAGGAUUUCUGUUGGAAACACAUCAUCAAAGUAGAACGUGGAAACACUGGCUUCUUGGCGCUUUUUACCAGGAGAUACAAAAGAGACACCCACGUAAUGUUUUAACUCUGUUUUAUGCUGUUUUUCUAAUCACUUUUUUUUUUUUUUUGCUUCCUUGCUUGCUUUUCAUUAACCAAACUCAGGGGAAUAUCACGAUGUCACCAAGGCCAAUGGGUAGAGAAAUUAAACCGCUUAUUCAGAUUUGAAUCUGAAAAGUCAGUGAACUUAGCCUUUUUCAGGUUAAAACAUUACACAAACACAAGGGUUUUCUUUUCCUUUACUGUAUAAAGAUUUUCUUUUAUGUUGCCACCUGUUUUCCAAAUGGGAAGCGGAGAGCCUCUUGGAUGAACUGUGGUGAGAACAUCCCUGCGUGGCGCGGGCAGACCGCCGAGCUAUUACAGCGGGCUUUCAGCGCUGGAGGCCUCGCUUCUGGUUCUGGUCACCUACCAGGACCUUAUUGUGAACAGCUAGUGGGCUACCUUAGAAGAUUUAAGGGGGAAAAAAAUCUGUAUUUAAGGAAUCUGUAAAAGGAGGUAAAAUGUGUAGAUUGCAAAUGAAGAGUACUGAACACGGGCUGUGGAAGACCUGUGCACAACGUGCUCUCACACUCCUGGGUCAGAUCAGUGUCAUUUUCUCUUAUUUCUGCUCAUGCCGUACAGAACUGCCUAAAAUUUGGGGUUGGGGCUUUUACUAUGUCACUCUGUGUUGAGCUGUUUGUAAUGGCUGUUAUAUGCUAAGUUAUGUAUGUGCUGUUUCUGUUUUCAGGGUUGUAUUGCCUUUUGUUUUGGCAUAACUGAUCCAUAUUUUUGUUUACAUCAUUUUUAAAAUAUCAACCGUAAUAAUAGAAAAUGAAGUUGUAUUGUAGAAAGGACCCCUAGUUUUUGUGGUCAUCUGUCAUAUAAUUUAAGUGCACCAGUUCCUAGUGUAUAAAGUUCUCUCUCUCUCUCUCUCAAUAAACAAUGCAGAAAGUACUUUCUCAUCUCCUAA